AUGGCCUCCAGCUUCAGUCUCCACGUCAAGGUCUAUAUCGAUCCCUCCAAUGUGGAAAAGUUCCUCGAGCAUUUCAAACCAGUGUAUGACGCCGUUGUGAAGGAACCGGAGUGCCGCUUCUUUGAAUUGUAUCAAGAUCCAGCGGACCCGGGAACAUUGACCUGGGUGGAAAACUGGCAUGUCCUUCCUGUUCUGUGA